AUUAAUUUUAUCCCAAAAAGGCAUCAAAGAAGCUUGGAUUAUACAGAUGAAGCAAAUAUAGGUGAACUAUAGGAAAUGCAUAUGGGAAAUACAUGUUCAGGCACAAAACAUAUGUCAGCAGGAAAAAUUGAAACGUUUUGGGUUGGAACGCAAGGGAGUUGUUAGGGGAGCUGGGGAUUGGUGCUUAUAUAUAUGAAUAAUGACAACAGGUUGAAGCAGGUAUGACUGUAAGGUGUACCAUAAUAGAAACCAGGGUUCAUACGCCCCCAAUUGAUAGCAAGUCAAAUGGAAAAACGAGGGCCAAACCUAGACAGAACGACUUGCACCUUAGUUUGAGCUAAACAAGAACCAGUUAAGGGCAAUAAAGCUCAAAAGUAACCAGAACAAAGAGAGAAAAUCAGCAAGUGGCUUGUGGUGGUGGCAAAACAUUACGUCAUAUAAACUACGGGGUCUAAAAGUAGCCGGUAUGUCGCAAAACGUAAAGGAAAGCAUGACAGUGUUUGGGAUUACGGUUAUGUAUUGAAAGCGACUACACUUCGAUUAGACGAAGGAAAACGUUUUGGGUACAAAGAUUGAGUUGCACGCCAUGUUUACAAGGGAAUGAAGUGGGUGGUCGUCACAGCAGUUAUAGCUUGUCUGGAGGUGGUCGCCGCGGGUUCCAGUAGAAGAGCACAAAAACGCGAGAUAAAAAUCGACAGACAAAGACCGUGGGAAUACGCUUGGCUAAAAUAUCUUCUGGGAGACCCUAAAGGAAAUCCAAACACAGCAAAGGCCGUAAUAGGGGAAAAGAGAACGACAAGAUUGCAUCGAUUAUGUUCAGGAAAAAUUCAGUUACGCGAUAAAUGGACGAAAGAUAAUUCAAUUUAUGACAAAAUCAUAUGCGGGAUGUUUACAAGAAAAGACGAGUACAAGAAACACGAGGAGCACGUGGCAAGACUCUUAUUGGGACAAACAGAGAAAAAGAGUUUAGACGAACAAAAGGAUGAACUGAUUAGAGCUGUCAAUCGAAUGGUGCACGCUGCUGGUCCUCUUCCUAUUCUGAAGUUUAAAGGCGGAUGAUUGUGAAUACGUUACUAAUGAUCACGUUGUUAUAGAGGUUGUAUAUUCGUAGAAUUGUUCAAUUUUUAGUAUUUUGUGAGCCAAAAUGAUAUCAUUUUAACACUGCUGAUUUUUGUGGCAUUACAUCUUUAUCCGGCCCGUCAGGCAUCGUAUAACAACUGCAACACAACAUCCAGACAUUUGAUAAUUCUACUAUGAAGGCCACCAAUAAAUACAAAAGUGAUAUUUCGUCAACUUUGAAAUUAGUUGAUUGUAGGAAAUGAACGUGUAAAACAAGAAUAUGAUAUUUUUUUUAAAAAAUGCAGAAAAAGCAAAUUAACUUGUUUCUAGAAAUGAGUGUCCUUCCACGAAGAGUGAAAAGCAGGUAAAUUAAUGGUUCCAUUCAUUUUAUUUAACUAGUGCUUGGUGGAUCCACAGCUAUUUCACUAUGCUGUGAUAACUUGUCUUCCGAUUACAAGAAGGGGUGCAAAUAUAUGACGAGGGUCUGAAUGGGGUGUGCAAAUGUCAGUUGUCAGUUAAAAUGCGCCUAUUUGUUAGUUAUAUUUUGGGCCAUUUGUCAGUUGUCAUUUAUGUGGCUGUUAAUAAUCUACUCAAGGUCUUUUAAAAAUGGCUUUAACCUUUCCUAGUUGACCCCUUGCAUAGAGGAUACAGUCGAAACUCUCCAAAACGGCCACCUUGGGGACAAUAGAGAGUUGGGACGCGUUUAAAGGGCUGUUGUCUUUAUGGAGAUGUGGCUGUUGUAGAGAGGUUAAAUUAAGAGCGAAUGUAAGGACCGUUUGUGACGAUUCAACUGAAAGCAUAUAAUUAAAUGCAAAACCCUUAAUGAUUUUUUCCUUUACCCACCCCGUACCGCUUCGCAUUGCGAAUUUAAAGACCCAGUAUUGACCAUUAGGCUUUUCGCGCGUCUGUAAUUGUUGUGGCGUACAUGGUAGAGAGGUCUCUAUUGUUUUCUGCAAUGCUCACAGCGCGCAAUGCAUUCUGACUAAAUCUGGGUCUUUAAUCUCCCCCGUUUUUUGUUUCGCAUGCGCGCUCGACAUUCUUACGAGAAAGUAAAAGAGCUUUGAACAAACAGACUAUGAAACUGUAGUUUCCUGGUGUUGCGGAUAGUAAAACAAAAGACUUAAAAGACAGCAAUGCAACCUGACUCAAACCAAAACGCAAUAGCUAAAUAUAAUUUUUCACGUUGUUAUUGUAAGAUAGUUUUGUGCUGGUAUGUAGAUUCGUUGGUAUGCAGGUUAUGUAAUUAUGCUAAGAAAUUAAUAUUUAAGGAGUCUCUCCGUUAGGAGUUGUCACUUCGACGGCAUCUCCGCUUUUGAUCAGUUCAUUUUGGAAAUUUUGUUUUAGUGAAUUUCCGUGUUUUGUCUACUACGUUUAUUGUGUUAAUAACUACCCUAGGGCAAUUUAUGUCUGAUCAAUAAACGAGAUGCC